GUGACUGUACUGAGAGAGGCGCACUUCAGCACUAACGUCGUACUUACUUAUCUACUACUUUGUAUUUUCCUUGGACGGAAAAACCUGAGUGAUUCGAGCAAAAUGCCCCUGGCUAAGGACCUGAUGCACCCCUGUCUUGCUGCUGAGAAGGGAAGACACAAGAAGAAGAGGCUGGUGCAGAGCCCCAACUCCUACUUCAUGGAUGUUAAAUGCAUGGGCUGCUACAGGAUCACCACCAUCUUCAGCCAUGCCCAAACAGUGGUGCCUUGUUCUGGCUGCUCUUUAAUCCUCUGUCAGCCACGAGGGGGCAAAUGCAGACUAACUGAAGGAUGCGCCUUCAGAAAGAAAUAUACCUGAGCAGAAAUGUGCCAAAAUACCCAUGACCGGGAGCAGCAUGGAUCACAGAUACAUGAGCGAGAGCCUCACUGUCCUGGAUGUUGAUUGUACCCUCCAAAGCAUAUUCUUAGUAGGGAAAUCCCCUCUGCAUCUGGAUAAUGUGGAGUGACAUCUCACUUUUCCAUUGGGGCUAAAAAAAAAAGGGGCGGAACAGGAAUGGCGCUAUGCCAGUAAUAGAUAAAUGAAAAUCAUGUACCUACAUUUUAAGUCUGCUGUGCUUAGAAUAAAUUGUGUAUCAAAUUGACAUGAAGAGACACUUUAUGAAGAAUAGUCUUGACCACAGCAGUUGCAAAGUGCACAAAAACUAGAAUCAGUCAGGAUUUCUGUAAAACAUUUAUUAGGUUGACAUAGAGAGGGGGGGGGGGGGGGGGGGGGUGUUGGUGAAUGAAAUAUUUCAAAAUGGUCUCGAUCAAAUGUGAGAAGCUUAUCAUGGCCCUGGCAUGAGAUGAAACCAUGAUGACCAUCACAAACAAAAAUAAAACAUUUUAAGAAUUUGU